AUGACUUCUUUAGAUUUCCUAGGAGAAGGGGCAUCUCUAACCAGACCCCCUGCCUUUAAUGAUACUGAUGAUUCAGAAAGUGAAUCUGAUGAAGAGCUUGAGAUAGGUAUGUUGGUCAGAAAAUUCAAGAAAUUUCUGAAAAAGAAAGGAAGCCAGUCAAGAAAACCACAAAAUUCAAAGACCAAAGGCUUCAGCAAGAGUGAUACCAGUGAUAGCAAUGUCAUAACUUGCUAUGAAUGUGGUAAAACAGGCCACAUCAGAUCUGAGUGUUAUAAACUUCAAAACAAAGCCAAGCCUGUGAAGACUAAAGGAAAGGACCAACAACCUUCAACAAAGAGAGCUUACAUUGCCUGGAACGACAAUGAUGAAGAUUCAUCUGGUGAUUCUGAAGAUGAAGAAGCUAACUUGUGUCUCAUGGCAAAUACUGACUCAGAAUCUGACAGUGAAGAAAGUACAACUUCUAAUCCAUCCUAUGAUGAACUGCAUGAUGCCUUUAAUGAAUUGCAUGCUGAAUAUAUAUGCUUGGCAUCCAGGAAUCAAUCAUGGUAUCUGGAUAAUGGAUGCUCUAAGCAUAUGACUGGAGACAAGUCCAAGUUCUUGUCUCUGGACUUAAAAGAUGGUGGAUUUGUCAAAUAUGGUGACAAUAACAAAGGGAAGAUCUUAUGCAUUGGAGAUAUAGGAAGCAACUCAACUGUCUAA